UCUCUGUUCUUCUUCACCUUCCUUGGUCCUUCCUCUCUCCUUCUUCUUCUUGAGAUUUUAUUUCUUUCUUGUUGUUUAAUAUUGUCAUUCUAUUUAACGCAUAUAUUCGGCUAAGCAGACACUUGCGCCGCCGAAACUUACUGUACUCUGUUCUUGUCCUGAUCAUCUGUGUCCUUGUUCCACAAGCUUUGUCUGUCUUCAAGUUGCUAUUUUAAUCUGAGAUGGGUAAUUGCUUAGAUUCAUCAGCUAAGGUGGAUAGCAGCAGCCAUAGCCCACAUGCUAAUUCUGGUUCGUCUGCGUCAAAUGUCUCGAGCAACACAAGCCGUUCCACGGGUCCUUCAGGAAGAAGCACAAACUCUUACAGCACAGGAAGCAGUAGUUUAGGAUCAUCAUUACCAACGCAGCCAAGAACAGAAGGAGAGAUACUUUCAUCUCCCAAUCUAAAAGCUUUCUCUUUCAACGAACUAAAGAACGCUACCAAGAACUUCCGUCCUGAUAGUCUACUAGGCGAAGGAGGUUUCGGUCGUGUAUUCAAAGGAUGGAUUGAUGAAACUACUCUCACUGCUUCACGACCUGGUUCUGGUAUCGUUGUUGCUGUUAAGAAGCUUAAGCCUGAAGGUUUUCAAGGUCAUAAAGAGUGGCUGACUGAAGUGAACUAUCUUGGUCAACUUAGUCACCCAAAUCUUGUGUUACUAGUUGGUUAUUGCUUAGAAGGCGAAAACCGGCUUCUUGUAUAUGAAUUCAUGCCUAAAGGAAGCUUGGAGAAUCAUCUUUUUAGACGUGGUGCGCAGCCACUUACAUGGGCAAUAAGGAUGAAAGUGGCAGUAGGUGCAGCUAAAGGGCUUAAUUUUCUUCAUGAAGCAAAGUCACAAGUGAUUUAUAGAGACUUUAAAGCUGCUAACAUUCUACUUGACGCUGAGUUCAAUGCUAAGCUUUCAGAUUUCGGUUUGGCUAAAGCAGGUCCUACUGGUGAUAACACACAUGUGACCACAAAGGUCAUGGGUACUCAGGGUUAUGCAGCUCCUGAAUAUAUCGCCACAGGUAGAUUAACAGCAAAGAGUGAUGUUUACAGCUUCGGUGUGGUACUACUGGAACUAAUAUCAGGACGACGUGCCAUGGACAAUUCAAACGGAGGAGUUGAAUAUAGUCUUGUGGACUGGGCAAAACCUUACCUUGAUGACAAGCGAAAGCUUUUCCGCAUAAUGGACACCAAACUAGGCGGCCAGUAUCCACAAAAGGGAGCUCUCGCAGCUGCUAGCCUCGCCUUGCAGUGCCUAAACCCUGAUGCAAAGCUCAGGCCGAAAAUGUCAGAGGUUUUAGUCACGUUAGAGCAGCUAGAGUCCGCUGCUAAACCUGGAGGUAAACACACGCAAAUGGAAUCUCCAAGGGGUCGUCAUUCCUCUGGUGUGCAGAAGUCUCCGGUAAGGUUUGGUCAAGAUCGGCCUCUGGGGAACAUAACUCCCGGUGCAUCGCCUUUGCCUUCUUACAGUAAGUCUCCUCGUGUGAGAUGAAAGUAAAUAGAUCAUACUCGUUGCUUGUAUGUGUAAUGUAUGUAAAAUGGAGAUUUUGAGAUUCAGGUUGUCUAUGUGUAGUAUGUAUGAUUGGAGAAGAGUUAAAAAAAAGAUUUAUAAC